AUGUCCGCCCUGCGGGCCUUGCACGAUUUCCUCGUCGGCGCGAUGCAUAUCGAGCGGCGGAUCGAUCCGUUCUUCCGUCCGUUCGUCGACGCGAUCGCACGCGAGCCGCUCACGCGCCUCGUGCAGGCGCUGAUCCGUGCCCGCCUGCCAGACCACGAACUGGGGCUCGCGGAGGAGCAGCCCAUCGCGGGCGAGGACGACCUGAUCGCCGACAUCAUCGCCAACAUGUCGCAGUACCUGCGCACGCACUAUGACGCCGGCACGGCGCAGCGCGGCGGCAACACAAAGACGCACGGCGUGGUGCGCGGCGAGCUGGUGAUCCACGACGGCCUGCCAGAGGAGCUGCGCCAUGGCAUAUUCGAGCAGCCGCGCCGAUACCCGGUCUGGGUUCGCUUCAGCGGGCCGGGGCCGGGGCUACCACCCGAUAUCGAGGAUGUCGGCGUGCUGAGCAUCGGCGUCAAGGUCAUGGGCGUGUCGGGCCCCAAGCUGCUGGACGACGAGCGCUUCACGCAGGACUUCACCGGCAUCAGCACCCCAGUCUUCACCACGCCCGACCUAAUCGCCAACGCGAAGCUGCAAGCUGCCGUCGGCCGCGGCUUGCCGCUGUUCUACUUUAUCGGCCCCGGCGGCCAUUUCCUCGAUGCGCUGAUGCAGGCCCUUUGGUCGCGCACGCAGACGAGCCCGCUUGAGACCGAGUACUGGGGCUGCGUGCCCUACCUGCUAGGCGAAGGCCAGGCGAUGCAAUACCGCUUCCGGCUCGCCGCCCCCCGGCCUGCGGCAGAUCUUCGGCCACUGCAGCGACUUCGACGCCCGCGCCCGCGCUGA